AUGACAAGGCAAUGUUCUAUUUAUCUGAAACAUGAUGCUAAACCUGUGGUUCAUCCUCCACGUAGGAUUCCUGUUGCAUUACGAGAUAAAUGCAAGAAGGAGCUAGAUAAGAUGGAGAAAUUGGGGGUCAUUACAAAAGGAGAGCAUGAUGCGAAUUUGAGAGCAGUGCUCCAAAGGUCACUAGAACAAGGUAUACGCCUUAAUCCAGAUAAGCUGGAGGUUGGGCAGUCCCAGAUUAGUUAUUUCGGUCAUGUGAUAUCUAAACAAGGUCUUAGCCCAGAUCCAGACAAGGUGUCUGCAAUUCGAGAAAUGCCUAUCCCGGAAAAUAGGUCACAACUCGAAACGGUACUUGGCAUGAGUCAGUAUCUCGCUAGAUAUGCACCUAGGCUAUCUGAGGUCACUUUGCCCUUACGAGAAUUAUUGGCGAAAGAUGUAGAAUUUCUCUGGGGUGAAUCACAGCAGCAAGCUUAUGAUCAGAUUUAUUGA